AUGGCAUCUCGCGCUCGCAUAGAUAAAAUGUCGGCCGAAGUGGUCGACACAAAUCCGUACAGUCGUUUGAUGGCAUUACAACGGAUGGGUAUUGUAAAAGAUUAUGAACGUAUACGGGAUUUUUCUGUUAUGAUUGUCGGUGUUGGUGGCGUUGGCAGUGUAGCUGCAGAAAUGCUUACACGGUGUGGUAUUGGAAAGUUACUACUUUAUGAUUAUGAUAAAGUUGAAUUAGCUAAUAUGAAUCGUUUAUUCUAUCAGCCACAUCAAGCUGGUCUUAGCAAAGUUGAAGCCGCCGCUGAUACGUUAAGAUUUAUUAAUCCUGAUGUAAUUAUUGAGCCAUACAAUAUGAAUAUAACUAAAGUAGAAAGUUUUCCUUUGUUUAUGGAAAAAAUUCGAACUGGUAAUAAAACGAAUUCUGGUCCUGUCGAUCUUGUAUUGAGUUGUGUUGACAAUUUUGGUGCUCGAAUGACAAUUAAUACAGCAUGCAAUGAAAUUGAUCAGACCUGGAUGGAAUCGGGUGUUAGUGAAAAUGCUGUUAGUGGUCAUAUACAAUUAAUUGUUCCUGGAACAACUGCUUGUUUUGCUUGUGCUCCACCAUUAAUUCUUGCUAGUAAUAUAGAUGAAAGUACAUUGAAACGUGAAGGUGUUUGUGCUGCAAGUCUCCCAACAACCAUGGGUAUUGUUGCUGGUUUUCUCGUACAAAAUACACUCAAAUAUUUACUUAAAUUUGGUCGCGUUUCAAAUUAUCUUGGUUACAAUGCACUUGAUGAUCAUUUUCUUAUUUUAACACUAAAACCUAAUGACGAUUGUGAUGAUUCAUUUUGUCGUAAAAGACAAUUAGAAAAGAAAUUAAAUCCUAUUGUUAUUGAAGAAACUAUUCAGCCAACAAACAUUGAAGUAGUACAUGAUUCCAACGAAUGGGGUAUUGAACUUGUUAGUAAUAGCAUCGAAGUUCCAAAUGAAAAUGAAGUCGACCGAAAUUUUAUUCAAGUGGAUUCAUCUUCGGAUGGAACUAUUUCGCUUGAUCAAAUAAAAUAUCAAUAUGUUCCCAAAGUAAAAUGUGAUCCGCCAGUUGAUAUAUCGGAUACUGAAAUAUCAGCUUCGAGUACAACACGAGAUGAUGACAUAUCAAUUGAAGAUUUAAUGGCCAAGAUGAAAGAAAUGUAA